AUGUGGAAUCAACCUGAUGAAUAUUUCCUGGAAGUAGUUUCCAACUCUUCUAUGGAACAUUUUCCUGAAAAUACUCUAGCAAAAUUCUCGAAUAAACUCCCUUAUCCAAUACAAUUGGAUGGAGAAUGGGUAGUUGCUAUUCAAGAAAUAUUCUAUCCAGUUGAUGUUAAACCGUCUAAACGUAAUUUGACAGUUCAGUUGUUAACUCAUGGUUUGACAGAUAAAUUAAGUAAAGAAAUUGAAAUUGACUCUAGUGAUGAUUUGAAUAUGAUUAUCUCAACAAUCAACAAGGCUUUUAUGAGUUUAUUUUUUUCAGUUAUUAAUGAGACAGAUGUCAAAGAAGGAAAAGUCAAAAGAUCAACUGAUGAUAAUUUUGUAAAUCCUGAUCUAUCUACAUUGACUCUAGAAAAGUUGAAUCUAUUACCCCAACAGGAAAGAGAAAGUUUGUUGCAAAGAGUUAAAAAAACAACUCAAAUGAUCCUUGAAAACUUGAAGAAAGAGAUGUACAAAUACAAACUUGAGUCAACUGAUAAACAGGAAAAGAUAAAUAAACUGAAUUCUUCAUUAAGACAAUAUGUAGAUGAAGUUGCUGAACUCAAAAAAGAGAUUAAACAAAAACAGUUGAAAGAUAAAGAUUUGAUAAAAGAGUCUCAUCAAAACAAACAGCUUAUAGAAGAUAAAAAUAGUCUUAUCAAGCAAUUGGAAGGUCGGAUUGAUGAUCUUCAUAAGAAAAAUGAAGAGAAUAAAAAUAUGGUUAAAACAGUUAAAAGUGAAAAUCAACUUUUGGAUGGAACGAUUGCGCAAAAAAGUAAAGAAAUGUAUAAACUUACUGAAGAAUAUAAAACACAAAACAAAAAUCUUUCUGAUAAAUUGGAAAAACUUCUACAUGAAAAGAUAAUAAUACAAAAAAAUUCAAAUGGUGAUACUAAAGUCGUUGAUGAAAUCAAAAAAUUAAAUGAUGAGAUUGUUAAGUUAACUGAGGAAAAACAGAAAGCUGAACUUGAUUUUAAGAAUCAAAAAAGUCAAACAAAUGUGCAAAUAAAUGAAUUAACACUCAAAUAUAAUUCAUGUAAGCAAACUGAACACAUUCUGGAAUCAAAUCUGAAGAGUCAACAACAAGACAAUCUUGAUCAAAUAAAAAAAUCACAACAGGAAAUUAAUACUUUGAAAAGUGAAAGAUCUAAAUUGAAAGAAGAACUCACAACAAUGACUUUUGAACGUAGUCAAUUGCAAAGUGAAAUUAUGCGUCUACAAGAAAAAGAAGUCGAUUUUCUAUCACAAUUACAACAUGAAAAAGAAAAGACAUCUAAAUUACAACAGGAUACUGAAAAUAACUUGAAGGAGCUUGAAUUAGAAAGGCAAAAACUACAGAAUCAAGAAAAUCUACUUUUAAAGCGUUUGUCUGAGUUAGGUAUUGUUUUAAAAGAUAAAAAGGGUGAAGCAAUAAUUAAUGUAGAUGAUACAAUGACAGUACCUGGUAUAACUCAUCAUGAUGGAAAAAUAAUUGUGUUUCCAGGUCGACAUAAGGAUCGUAUUUUCACACCAUACUUUUCAGAUGUCAACUUCAUUUCUUCUUUAGGUUUUGAUGCAAAUAGCUAUUUGAAUAUGAUAGAAGCUUUCAAUAGAGAUCAAAGAGCUUUUACAGCUCCUAAAAAUUGUAAUUUAAACUUUCGAUCUCAUCUCAUGUUCAUUCAUUCAGAUAUAGUAGAGGAACAUUUUGUUGGUAAUAAGUCUGCUAGAGUAAUGCGAGUAGUGCCUAUUAAAUAUGGUGUUCAAUCAGAAAUGGUUCAUGAAAAAUUCUUAAAACCAUUCUAUUAUCCAGUCAGAUCUAAUCGAAUUGAAGAUAUCAACUUUGUUCUUUCUGAUGAAAUGGGUGAACCAGUGAAAUUCAACUCUGGACGAGUGUUAGUAGGAUUACAUAUUAAACGAAAUUAA